GUUGCUUCCCCUCAGCACGCGGAAGAAAACGCGUCCCCGAAGAAGCGCGAGCUGACAUCGCGGGAGGGGCGCGGGCGCCCAACCCUUCCGCAAAGUCAGUUCCCGCGUCGUGCGUGUAGCGCGAGCGGGGCCCGUGCGCUAAACGGGCGGCGCUGGUUUGGAAGAGACGUUGAGCGGCGGUGCGAAUAAAAAUACCGUUAAAAGAGCCCUCCAACGCCGUCAGUGGCUAGCAGCAAUGAGUCGUGUCCUAGCACUUGUGUGUCUCUUUUUAACAGCGCUGCUAGAAUAAAGGGAUGGCCAGUGAGACCUGCGCUCCCCGGGAGCCUCCAAUCCCGCAGCUGCAGUUCGCUCCCUUCGCUAGUGCCUUGGAUGUGGGGUUCUGGCAUGAGCUGACACAGAAGAAACUCAAUGAGUAUAGACUAGAUGAGACUCCCAAAAGUAUCAAAGGCUACUAUUAUAAUGGUGAUCCUUUUGGUCUGCCAGCUCGUUUAACAUUGGAGUUUAGUGCCUUUGAUGUGAAUGCUGCCACCCCAGCACACUGCUGUCCUGCUGUUGGAACAUUAUAUAACACCAACACUUUUGAAUCUUUCAAAUCCUGUGAUAAGAAAUCACUAUUGGAAAAAGCAGCAAAUGAGAUAUGGGAGACAAUAAAAUCGGGAACUGCCCUUGAAAACCCCAUGCUCUUGAACAAAUUUCUACUGCUGACUUUUGCAGAUUUAAAAAAGUAUCACUUCUAUUACUGGUUUUGCUAUCCUGCUCUCUGUUUACCUGAUGGCAUACCUAUUCUUCAGCAGGCAGUCUGCCUCGGUGAAAGGUUCUCUCCAAGUCAGAUUCAGGCGCUCCAGAAAGCUUAUGAUGAACUUUGCCAGAUGGAAGGAGUUACAGCCUUGCCUUACUUUGUAAUCAAGUAUAAUGACAAGUCUGUUUGGGUGUCACUGCUUAAAAACUGGAAUGAUUUUUUCCAAGAUCAAGAGGAGAAGGUGACCGUUGGAGUUUAUGAUCCCUGCAAUUUUACCCAGUAUCCAGGAUGGCCACUGAGGAAUUUACUGGUCCUGGCAGCAUACAGAUGGGGUGAGCAUGUGCAUUCAAUUGAAGUGCUGUGCUUCAGAGACAGGACCAUGCAAGGCGUGAGAGAGAUAACACACAGCAUCAUCUUUGAAAUAAAGCUUCCACAGAUGUCACAGAGCUCAGAUUGUCCAAAAGCUGUUGGAUGGGAGAAAAACCCAAAAGGAGGCAUGGGUCCAAGAAUGGUGAAUCUCAGUGAAUGUAUGGAUCCUAAAAGGUUAGCUGAGUCAUCUGUAGAUCUUAAUCUUAAAUUGAUGUGCUGGCGAUUGGUGCCUACUCUUGAGCUGGAGAAGGUUGUGUCUGCUAAAUGUCUGCUGCUAGGAGCUGGUACACUGGGUUGUAGUGUAGCCAGAACCUUAUUGGGAUGGGGAGUCAGACAGAUCACAUUUGUGGACAAUGCAAAAAUCUCUUAUUCCAACCCUGUACGACAGCCUCUCUAUGAAUUUGAAGAUUGUCUUGAUGGUGGGAAGCCUAAGGCACUUGCGGCAGCAGAAAGACUGCAAAAAAUAUUCCCUGGAGUGAAUGCUGAAGGAUUUAACAUGAGCAUCCCCAUGCCAGGUCACCCAGUGAAUUUUUCUGAAGUCACCAUGGAACAGGCUCGAAAGGAUGUGGCACAGCUUGAAUGGCUUAUUGAUACUCAUGAUAUUAUUUUCCUGUUAAUGGACACUAGGGAAAGUCGAUGGCUUCCUGCUGUCAUUGCAGCUAGCAAGAGAAAGCUGGUCAUCAAUGCUGCAUUAGGAUUUGACACAUUUGUUGUGAUGAGACAUGGACUAAAGAAACCAAAGCAGCAGGAGUCUGGUGAUUCAUGUUCCAGCAAUCCCUCUAGCUCUGCUGAUCUCCUGGGAUCAUCGCUCUUUUCAAACAUUCCUGGCUAUAAACUUGGAUGCUACUUCUGCAAUGAUGUUGUGGCACCAGGGGACUCCACCAGGGAUCGAACAUUGGAUCAGCAGUGCACAGUCAGUCGACCAGGAUUGGCCAUGAUAGCUGGAGCCCUUGCCGUAGAGCUAAUGGCUUCUGUUUUACAACAUCCAGAAGGUGGUUAUGCUGUUGCUAGCAGCAGUGAUGACAGAAUGAAUGAACCACCCACCUCUCUUGGGCUUGUUCCUCAUCAGAUUCGUGGCUUUUUAUCAAGAUUUGAUAAUGUCCUUCCUGUCAGCCUUGCAUUUGAUAAGUGCACAGCCUGCUCUCCCAAAGUCCUUGACCAAUACGAGCGAGAAGGAUUUAAUUUCCUGGCAAAUGUUUUUAAUUCCUCACAUUCCUUCUUAGAAGACUUAACAGGUCUGACUUUAUUACAUCAGGAAACUCAAGAUGCUGAGAUUUGGGACAUGAGUGAUGAUGAAACAGUCUGAAAGCCAAAUGAAUGAAGUGGAAGAUGGCCUGCAUUAGGCUGCAGUGAUGUCUUUUAUCUAUCAUUUGACAAGUUAAUGAUUGGCUCACACAUUUUGACUUACAAAUAUAAUCAAAUAUAAUCUAUAUCUGUGCGAUAAUGGGACAUUAUCUUGAACUAAAAAAAUAAUACUGUCAGUGUAAUUCACCUCUGGUUUUCAUUUUUAUCCUAUGCAUGAGGUAACUAUCUUGCUAGAGCAGUAUGGUUAUGUUUAAAUUCACUUUCUAUUUUUUUUUCAGCUUCUAACCAUAGCUUACAUAUAAAAUAUGCCACUUUAACUAGCCUUUAGUGUUUUUAUUUGUCCCAGUUUUCAUUUUACUUGUCAAUAGAUGAAAAAUAUAAUGUCAUUUAGACAUAUCUUUCAAGAAUAUAUGGCAUUUUAUAAAUAUUUUAAUAUUCAAGCUAUAAGAAAAUUCUCUUAUAAGUGGGAAUUAAAUCACAUUGUUAUUUGAAGGAAUGGGGAAACGGUAACCAAAAACCCUCCUACGUAUUAGUACUAUGUUAGAAAUCACGUUGUAACAUGCUAGCCCCUCUCUUUAUUAUAAUGCAGUGGAUCAUGCCUGCGCGUAUGGGAACAGUCUAAGUUUCAGAAUAUUAGAAUCCUGUAAAAGGCUUCCCACUGUAGCAUGAUUCCAUACUGUGGAUAAAGCAUCAUUUGACAUUGCCUACCUAGUGAAGACCAAACUGUUUAUUUCUUGAUUAGGAGCUAUAAUAUUUAUAGUAAGAUCCAUUCCACAGUAAAAAUUUAUCUGAAAGUAGGACUUUGGCUAGAUGAAAAUGUACAGCAUAACUGAGAUAUAGAUAUAUAUAACUUGUUCUCCGGCUUUAUCAUUCUUAAAUCCAACAAGCAUCACAUUCAUUGACACCAAAACAGUGCUAACCUUAAUCUCCCAUUGGAGGCAUCUGAAAUGUUUCAUUCUUGCUGGUGCAAAAGACCAGAGUUUGAAACCACAGAGAAAAACAAUAAUUUUUAAUCUCAAAAUUUUAAAAUAUCAAGUGUAUUACUACUUUAAAUGUAAGGGGAAAUACAUCAAUUGUUUUGCAUCUUGAAAUAGCUAAGAACAAAAAGUGUUGUAAGCAUCUUUUCCAGCUUAAAUCCAGUUAUUUCCAUGGUUUCAUUCAUGAGAAAAAUGGAAAGUGCAUUAUUGUUUGUUUUCUUCCAACCAUUCUUUCCUUUGCAUUUAAAACCAUUCUGUCUUUUCUCUUAAGAAAAGGUACAAUAAUCUACCCAAUUUGUCAGCCAGUCAAAUUAUCUUGUGUUUUUUCUCAACCUUUAAUUAAGUUCCAAGUUUCUGAAUAUAGAAGUCAGAUCAACUUGUACAUUUACAUGCUAAAUUGAUAUAUCAUUUGGGGGGAAGAUUUAUAAAAGUUAGCUCACCCAGAGCACAGGAUGCCCACAGCUCCUAAAUUAUGAACCUAAGCAACAUCUUAAUGAAAUGCAGGACCCUUUUCAUGGGAUAUUAGUCUCAUCUUCUUAUUAAAACUUAUAUAUUUUUCAAAUACUGUAACCAUAAAUGAAUGCCUCAGCUAAGUGUAAUAUAAAAUAUAUUGUACUAAUCUAGCUACAACAUGAGUCAUAAAGACUAGUGAUCAAACAGAAAGCUGACAUCUUGACUAGUUGAUAAUGAAAAGUAACACAGGGAAAGUAAAGUUUCCAUUUGUAUGCAAGGGAAAGUAUGGUCUUUUGAUGAACGCAAACUAACAAAAUACAUAUGAUAAAUAGCCUUAGAAGUCCCUGAUUCUCAUGUAUUCAAAUGGGCUGUAAUUUUUUCAGUUCUGCUGUCAUCAGACUGGAUCUCAGGCUAGGAAGUAUCAAUAUAAUGACAGUCUCCAUGGAGAAACCAGAAUCUUGUAUUAUUCAUAGUUACUGAGAUAGAGAAAAGGAAAAAUCUAAUUUGAAAUUGAGCAGACUUGAUUAUCUGAAACUCCAAAAAAGAGUUAUGUACCCCCCACCCCCAGAUUUUUAUUAAUAAAAUUGAAAAAUCCUU